AUGUCCAACUUUGCACACGCAGACGGCCAGACAGUCGUCUACCGCACCUACAAGACCCGCUUCAUCGGUCUCUUUGCCAUCGUCCUCCUCAACAUCUCCACCGGCUUCGUCUGGCUCACAUAUUCCUCGGCCCUCAAUGCCGCCAAGGCCUAUCUUAACACCAAGGAGAUGGUCGUCAAUCUCACCACCAUCCUCUACUUCAUCGCCUUCUUGAUCAUGUCCCCUGUCUCCGGUUGGAUGUUUGAGAAGAAGGGCAUCAAGUACUCCCUCCUCUUCGGAGCCAUCAUCCAGGUCAUCGGUGCUGCUAUCCGAUACAUCGCCACCUUUGUCGCCUCCUCCCCCACCAACCCCGGCCCCCGUCUGGCCCUCACAUUGGUCGGACAGGUCAUUGCCUCCGGUGCCCAGCCCUUCUUCCUCAACGCCCCUCCCAAGUUUGCUGCCGUCUGGUUCUCUGAGGACGGCCGUACCACCGCCACCAUGAUCGGAUCCGUCGCCAACGCCCUCGCCGCCGCCUUGGCUCAGUUGAUCAUCCCCGUCAUCACCGUCGAGACCGACCCCGACACUAUGGCCACCUCGGUCUUGCUCUGCCUCGUCCUCUCUGUUGUUGCCGUCGUCCCCGUCCUCUUCACCCCUGCCCUUCCCCCUACCCCUCCUUCUCCCUCGGCUGCUGCCGCUCUUGAGGAUAAUGUCGAGGAGCCCUUCUGGAUCUCGCUCAAGAAGGUCGGAUCCAACAGACAGUUCAUAAUCCUCAUGACCCUGUUCGGCACCUUUGUCGGUUUCUUCAACGCCUUCUCGUCGCUCAUCACCAUGUUCACCAAGCCCUUUGGUUACACUGCCGAGGAGUCUGGUUACUUUGGAGCCGCCAUGGUUGUCGCUGGUCUUGUCGGCGCCGGUAUUUCGGGCCCUCUCAUGGAUCGCACCAAGCAGUUCAAGUCUGUAGUCAAGACGAUGGUGCCCCUCUCUACCAUUGCCUACAUUGUCUUUUGCUUUGUCGUCCGCAAGGAUUUCUUCAUUGGCAUCAUGAUCGUCUCGAUCUUUAUCGGUUUCUUCUCGUUCACCAUGUUGCCCGUUGUCCUCGAACUCGGAGUCGAGUGCACCUACCCCGUCACCCCCGCCUCGUCCACCUCACUCCUUUGGGGAUCCGGCCAGUUCUUUGCCGUCAUCUUCCUCUUUGUCCUCCAGGCCCUCCAGAAUGACGAUAAGGCUGUCGAGACUGGUGUCAAUGCCCCUCUGAUCUUCAUCGCAGCCAUCUGCGUCAUUGCCUCAUUCCCCGUCUACUUCUUCAAGUCCCCUUACCUCCGUCUCGAGGCCGAGGGUCGUGCACGCUCCAACCAUGGCCACGUUAUGGUCGACAGCAAGAGGUCUCUCAGUGGUGAUGAGUAUGGAAUGGAUGAGGUCUCCCUUGAGGACAUCAAAGAUGUCAAGGGUGCCAAGGCCGUCUAA